AUGGCGCCGGCAUCGACUCCUUUUGUGCAACAGCCAACCAGUAUCGAACAUAACGGUUCUUCGGAUGUACAUGGUGGAAGUGAAAUUCCUUCUCCGCCACAAUUAUUAAAUGAUGGCAUCACAAACGAACGACCAUCCACUGACUUGGAUCAGCGAGGUAUCAUCACUAAUACGAUCUCCUUUAGUGCCGAUAACAUGCGAAGAUCGGAAGAACGAGUCCAAACUCGAGAUGAUGAGCCUUCUGAUAACUUACCUUCUAGUGAUUUUAGUCAAAUCAUGCAUAUGAACCUUUUUAGUGCUAACAGCAUGCAAACAUCGGAAGAAAACGAUACUUUUAGGGUUUCAGAUCGAACUCAAGAUGAAGAACCUUCCGAUAAUUUACUUACUAAUGAUUUUAGUCAAAUUAUGCGCACGAACUUAUUUUCUGCGGAUUAUUCACAACACGGUCAACAAAGUGAUUAUGCUGUUUCUAACCCUCAAGCCGAAACGUUGUCCAAAGAAUCUCAAGAAAAAAACAGGGAUGAAAGCAAAUCUAUUCAAUCCCAAUCAGAUGAUUCUACAAUUGCUAUCCAAAAAAAACCAAAGUUUGAAAAUGACUUGAAGGACAAAAUUGAUCCAAAAAAAAAUAUUCGUGAAGUUCUUAAAAAUCGCAGAUAUGACUCGAUUGACUCAAUUGAAUAUGGUAAAGAUUUGGCUGAACACAUUCCUGGUUUGUAUCGUUUGUUAGACUUAUACAAAGAUGAUGGAUCGAAUGGACUUGCAUCGCAAUUUUCUGUGAACGCAAAUAAGCCUUCUUUACGUCCUGGUAUUUAUUUGAUAGUUGUGAAUGCAGAUUUGGGAUUAGUUAUUCAUUGGCCCGAAGUUGAAUGUUAUGAGGAAAAUGCUUCUUCGCAACGUAAAAAGAAUAUGACCAACCUACAUAGAUAUUUGACAAAGCUUACUGACCAUCAGCUUUGUCUUUUAAGCGAUAAAGACCUGGAAUGUUUUGAUUGGAAAUUAGACAAUUCCGAUAUUGAUUCAGAUGAAGAAGAUGAUGAAUCUCGUUUCGAGUUUGAAGUCAAGAAAAGCCAGGAAGAACAGGAGGAUUUCAGAAUCUAUCCCGGUUUCAAGGUGAAUUUGUCUGAAAAAAUAAAAGAUGAAAUAAAUAAUAAUGCCACAGAUGAUAUACCUUUACAUCCCAUUGUUGUUGAAUCAGCCAAAAAUCAAUCGUUUGUUACCCGAAAAUUAAUAAAGUCGUCUUUUCAAUUACGUUCAUUCUUUCCAACUUUUUCUGCAAAUGAUUUUUCACGGGAAUUAAAUACUAGAUUGCAGGAACGAAGUUUACAUAUUAAUCGUGAAGAAAUGAACAUGAAAUCCCUAGAGAUUUUGGUUAAACACGGAUUAAGGAUGGAAAAUGAACUUUUGGGUCCAUUACGUGAAGCUAUAAAAGCUGCAAAGCUUAAAAGUGAAAAAAAGAAGAAUCAAGAAAAGAAUGCCACAAAUAAAGAUAUUGAAUUCAUUUUAAAUUUAGCACGAAAGAGAUUAAAUGACUGUUACAGGUAUUUGUUAAUUGUGGAAAAUUCCUUCUCACGGGCAAAUAUAAGUGAUGAAGAUUUAAAAAGGAUUCAUGAUAAAUAUCCUGACAUAGAAAGUCAAAUUGAUGAAAAAAUUAAAAUCAAUUCCGACGCUUGGAAAAAAUUAAAAAUAAGAUACAUUUUAAUUACGUUAAUAGUUCAGAAUAUUAUCAAAACGGCAGGAAGUACCAGCGUCGAAAGCGAAGAAUCUACAAUAAAGAUUUUUUAUGAAAUGUUCGUGGAUGAAGAAACUGAUUCAAUUAAAUUAGUAAAAAAGUAUACUGAAAAACAACAAUCUGACAGUUGGUUUAAUUUCCGAGCCUUUUGGGAUUUUGUGACUUUCUCUAAUAUAAAAAUUGAUCGCGCAUAUGACCAAUCGAUUAAAUUUUCACAAAAUAUGUCCGAUAUAAUAUUUAUACAAAAACUUACCGAUACAAAUUUUUUUGGUAAAUUUAAUGAGAUCAAACAAAAAGUCAUAGAUGCUUUCUUUGAAAAAUACCAAAUAUGGAGAAAUGUUACUUUUACCAAUAACAUUAAAGAAAUUCUGCCAAAAGUUGCUUUCAAUAGACAAUUAACAGAAAAGUUAAAUGAAGAAUUUGAGCUAGAAAAAAAAGAAAUUGAAACUCAUGAAUUUGAAAGAAUUUGUAAAGUAAUAGAAGAAAAAUAUCAAAAUGGUCCUAUGCAGAUAAAUAUAAUAAAUAUAACAGACAUUUACAAGUCUAAUCAUUUCCGAUUCCAUCAUGAGAUUGAAACAACAAAGCCAAAUCAGUUGCAGAUAACUAUUUACGAAACUUCAUUAAAUCAAGCAGAUACCUUUCAAAUUCAAGAUAAUGAGCUUCAUAUUCCAAAUAUAACCUUACCUUUACAAUAUAAUUCUGAUCAAUUUGGUUUCACUUUUCAUGUUGAUCCCGCGGUUUAUGAUUUCAGGAAAAUAUCUCAAUUUGAUAACCGCAAAUUCCUUGUGCUUUACAAUAAAAAAAUGCAAAAAGUUGAAAUAUUCUUUGAUACUGUUCAGCGGUUAACACAAAUUUUCAAAGCAUCGUAUCCGAUUAAGCCAUUUAAAACAUUAAAUACGGAUGAACAUUUUAUUAUUGCAAUUAAUGAGCCGAAAGAAUUAAUUGCUAUCUAUAAUACAAAAAAAGCUAUGUUAUUACAAUGGUACAAUAAUAUGGUUCCAGUUCUUCAGCAUUUAUUUUUUAUUAAAGAUACCGAGGAACUAUGCUUUGUUGAGAAAGGUGGCCGAACACGGAUUUUUAGCCUUAUAAAUUUGCAAUUUCGACCAGCAGUUUGUAACCUUCCAACCAAUACCGCAAAUGUUUUAAGCUCACCUGAUGGUUCAUGUAUUGUAGCAUUCGUUAAAGAAAAGUUGGUAGAUGAUAAUCCCAUUGAUAAUGUCGCAGGAAGCGAAUAUGACAACGAAAAUAAACAUAUUACUGAUGAUACGGAAAAAAAUGAUAAUGAUUCGGUUAUUUCAGCCGAUAACAAAGAAGUGCAAAAUAAUUGCAAUAAAGACGAUAGCAAAGAUAUAUACCGUGCUUAUGUUUAUUUUUGUUCAAAUUUUGGGGGUCCUGUUAGUAAAGUUAUAGAUUUACCAACCACUUUUCAAUCUUUGGAACUCCUGCAAUUUACUUGUAUAAAUAAUCUACAAACUCAUUUGAUAUCUCUUGAUUUACAAAAUGGAUAUUUCAAUUCUGUAAUAGUUAAAAUCACCCUUGAAAAAACUCAAUAUCGUUUCCAAGAACGAAGACAAAAAAAGUCACUUGGGCUUGUAAAAUUAAUUGAUUCUUCUCACAGAAAUGUUAAUUAUACUAUUGUUGAAGGAAAAAAUACACAGUUUGAAAAAAUUGUUCGUAAUGGAGAGUUUAUUGUAGUAAAUGGAGAGAAAUUUAAUGUGAUUGAAGUUCUUUCUAACACAAAAUUAAAAAUUGAUGGUAAUUUCAAGCCUAGAAAUGGAUUUGAUAAUUGGAUGGAAUUUCGUAUUGAACCGAAGACAAAAUUAAAUGGACUUAUUGAUGCUUAUAAAUUAAUGUUUGAGAAGUAUCCAGUUGAAAGCUGUAUCGUUCCCGAACAAAAUCGUCUCCUUAAUUUAAAAAUCGUUCUAGAUAUUGAAGUUGAUGACGAAGAAAUCGAAGAAUAUGGCGAAAAAUUUAAGGAUUACAUUUCUGAAAUCUUUGAAGAUUUAAGACGAUCUACAAAAAAGCCCACUACAAUACUAAAAAAAUUCUCCACAUCAAUUAUUACUUUUCAAGAACUUGAUAUUGAAAGUAUGAAAUUUCAAAAGAACUAUUCAUCGGGAUAUGAAUUGGGAGAAUGGAUCAUUCAACUUUGUUGUUUAAUUCCGAUACAAAUUGCUGUAGCAAAAGAUAAUGUAUUUCAACCUCUCAAAGAUGGAUUAUUAUCUUCAAAUGAUGUUGAAAUUGAUGAUGAUUAUAGUCAUCAUGUUGAUAGCAUAGCAAAAAACAUUUCUUUUGGAUGGUAUGAAGGAAUUUUCAGGCAUUUUGGGGAUAAAAAAGUAAAAGUUGUUUCUAGUAUGGGUGAACAAUCUUGCGGAAAAUCAUUCAUGUUAAAUCACCUUGUUGGAACUACUUUUGAUGGCUCCGCAAUGCGUUGUACCGAGGGCGUAUGGAUGUCGCUUGUAAAUACCAAGAAAUAUAUUUAUGUCGCACUCUAUUUUGAAGGUUUAAAUUCUCUUGAAAGAAGUUCUCAAGAAGGCAAAUUUACAAUUUUUAAAUACAUAUUUAUUUCUGAUUUUGAUAGCUUCGUAUCAAAUCUCAUACUCUUUAAGAACCAAUUUGCAGUAAACAGAGACAUGUCUUCGAUGUUUCAAAGAUUUCAAGAUGGUGCAAUGUUAUUUGAAUCAGAUCCAAAAAUAUUUCAGGCAAAACUUUGUAUUAUCAUAAAAGAUGUGCCUAAGGCUGACAAAGAUGAUAUUGUUAAAGAAUUUAAGUCAAGAUUUUCUCAAUUAGUUUCAGAGGAAGGGGAAGAUAACUUUAUUUCGAGAAUGUAUAAGGGAGGACAGCAGGAAGCAAAAUAUGAGAAUGCACGAACUUUUCUACAAAAUACAAAAGUUAUUAUGACUAAAUUGAAGAUAUGUGAUUGGGGUUCAUUGGACGAAAACCUCAUACAGAUUCGUGUUGCAACAUUAAAAAGAUUACUUCCAACUAAUCGUGAUACAGGAGAACCCAUUGCCGACUCAGUAAUCAGCUUAUCAGAGAUUUUACAUGAUUUUGAAAAUUCUGAUACAAUAUUACUACCGGAUUCUGAUAUUCUAUUAUAUGAUGAAAACGAAUCUUUUGUCCGACUUUCUGAAGAAUUAAGAAGUUACUUUGAAGAACAUAUACGAUCGCGAAAAAACUCAUCCGAUGAUCUCAAAUGGUUUGCCAAUUUCAAUAUAUUCUUUAAAUAUAUUAUUGAGCGCCGGGUUUUACGUGUUCAAGCUUGGUAUAUGCAAAAUACUGCUAAGUUUCCACAAGAUAAUAAUGAUAUUGUUAAUGGAAAGUAUUCAAUGGAGCAAGAAAUUGGCAAACUUACGCUUUUAUGGACAUUAUGUGGAUUGACAUGUCAUCAAUGUGGUUUAAAGUGCGUCAAGAAUCCUCACAAAAACAUAUCAACUCCAACGUGUAGUCAUAAAGCUGGACAUGAAGGCAAACACGCUUGUGACAAAAUAAAUCAUUUGUGUGGCAAGCCUUGUAACCUUAUAGAUAAACGUAAUUGCCAGAAAGUUUGUUCAAAGGAAAUUGGACAUGAGGAUGAUCAUUUAUGUCAAUCAACUCGACAUUAUUGUGGAAAAGCUUGUUCAUUAUCAACAAAAACUCAGAAAGGAGAUUAUUGUUGUCCUAAUAAAUGUAUUAUACCAUAUGAAGAAGAACAUGAUUCACACCGCUGUGAAAAUGAAACUUGUCCAAUUCAAUGUCCAAUAUUAGACUGUCAGAAGAAAUGCCAAGAUAACAAUCAUUUCCACGCUUACUCCAAUUUUCAAGUAGAUCAUUUUUUAAUACUCGAACCUAAGAGGCAAGAAGAAGUUUAUAAAGGAUUAGUAACCAAUAUUACAUUUACGAAGUAUAUUCAAUUAAGUGAAAGGUUAAUUUGUAUUAAAAAAAUUCCUCCAAACGAAUUUAUACAUACUGGAAAACAUACACAUGAAGAAGAUGGUUUUCACUUUUGUGAUGCAAAAUGUCAAUUCUGUGAAUAUUUUUGUACAUCACCUUAUGGUCAUGCACAAAAUCAUACUACAACACAUGGAAACAUGACACAAACUGAAUUUGCCGGAGAAGAUAAUAAUGAAUUUGAAUAUAGAGGACAUAAACUAAGAGUUGGUGACCAAGGAACAGUUGUUCUUUGUAACUUGUACUGUAAAGAUUUAGGAAGACAUCGUCAUAUUGAUUAUUGUCAGAAUGAAGAAAAUUGUAAAUCAUUAUUAAACCAAGGACAAGAUUUACAACAUAUUCAUGUAAAUCCUAAUCCUGAUAAACCAAAAGAUUUCAUUUCUCAUAAGUUGUUCUGGGAUCGAACGGGUUUCAAAGAACAACAAGAGUUUGCAAAAUGUGAUCAUGAAUGUUCUGAUGACAAGCAUAAAUCUCAAGGAUCUACAAGCGCUCCUCCAACUAAAUCAUUUUGUGAAUUAUCCCUUUUCCACGAUCAGCUUAAUCCAAGUUCAAAUCCUCCAAAUGACUACGGUUAUAUAUCUUUAGAUGGGCAUCAUUUUAAUUGUGAAAAUCCAAGUACACGUGAAGCCGCUUUUCAUAUUAUAUUCGUCAUGGAUCGUUCAGGAUCUAUGAACGGAAAAGAUAAAAAACCAAUACCAGGCUUUCCAAUUUAUAAUAAAUUAAUGAAAAAUCACGAUAAUAGAAUUGGCGCAGUAUACCAUGCAGUAUAUCAAUUUAUGGAUGCACGAAUAAAAUCUGCUCCAGCAAAUCAAAAUCAAGCUAUGCGUGAUAAAGUUAUCGUUCCAUUUGAAAAUCGAGAUUUAACUGAUCCGAACGAAUUGUUAAAUGAAAUGAUUAAACACCAAGCUCGAGGCGGAACGGAUUUCAAUCUUGCAAUUCAAAAGGCUGGAUUUUUGAUUGCUACAUACUUUGAUGCUACAAGAGCAAAUAUCAUUAUCUUCUUAUCUGACGGCCAAUGUGGUAUUCCAACGAAUCAACUUAAAACUAUUUGCAAACAAAAUGAAACGAGAGGAUCCCCAUUAUAUCUCUAUACAGUAUUAUUUAGCAGUGGUUUACGUAGUCACUCUUUAGAAGAAAUGGCAAACAUUGCGCAAUCUUAUCAUUCUCAAAAUUCAUCAUCUAGUGCUUUGCGUUGUCAAUUUACUUGUGCUAUUGAUGAAGUUAGUUUAGUUAAUCAUUUUACUGGUGUGGCAGAAAGUUUGAGAAAGCAUAAACCAGCAUUGUUAAAGAAGAAUUCUGGUUCUUAA